CGCUGGUUACAUUCAUGACUUGAAGAUUCAUCCUGAAAAACAGAAAAUGCAUUCUGAAACUCUUGUCUGCAGGGGUGGGGUUGCAUUUCAUAUCCCUGAAAUGCACUGACCACAGCACCUCCAUACUGGCUUGCGGUGGUGGCAUCCUGCCCUCCCUUCAAUUCACCUCAACCUCCACUGGCAACACCCUUGUUUUUCCAGUUUGGAACUUGCUAACAUUAUAUUAAAAAAAAAGUGUCAACUGACCUGAAGUCUUAAUAGAAGCACUUGAUGUGGGCGUACCCUACAGAAACACUCAAGACUUUACUGAUGAAAACUCAGGAAAUUCUCUAUCAUAAAGAGGUUUGGCAACUAAACUAAGACAUUAAAAGGAAAAUACCAGAUGCCAUUCUGCAGGAUGCAAUAACUACUAUUUACUGGAUACAUUCAAAUCCUCCAGAAUCAACAGUUAUCAGGUAACCAACAAGAAAUGCAAGCCAUCGACAACCUCACCUCUGCGCCUGGUAACACCAGUCUGUGCACCAGAGACUACAAAAUCACCCAGGUCCUCUUCCCACUGCUCUACACUGUCCUGUUUUUUGUUGGACUCAUCACAAAUAGCCUGGCGAUGAGGAUUUUCUUUCAAAUUCGGAGUAAAUCAAACUUUAUUAUUUUUCUUAAGAAUACAGUCAUUUCCGAUCUUCUCAUGAUUCUGACUUUUCCAUUCAAAAUUCUUAGUGAUGCCAAACUGGGAACAGGACCACUGAGAACUUUUGUGUGUCAAGUUACCUCCGUCAUAUUUUAUUUCACAAUGUAUAUCAGUAUUUCAUUCCUGGGACUGAUAACUAUCGAUCGCUACCAGAAGACCACCAGGCCAUUUAAAACAUCCAACCCCAAAAAUCUCUUGGGGGCUAAGAUUCUCUCUGUUGUCAUCUGGGCAUUCAUGUUCUUACUCUCUUUGCCUAACAUGAUUCUGACCAACAGGCAGCCAAGAGACAAGAAUGUGAAGAAAUGCUCUUUCCUUAAAUCAGAAUUUGGCCUAGUCUGGCAUGAAAUAGUAAAUUACAUCUGUCAAGUCAUUUUCUGGAUUAAUUUCUUAAUUGUCAUUGUAUGUUACACACUCAUUACAAAAGAACUGUACCGGUCAUAUGUAAGAACAAGGGGUGUAGGUAAAGUCCCCAGGAAAAAGGUGAACGUCAAAGUUUUCAUUAUCAUUGCUGUAUUCUUUAUUUGUUUUGUUCCUUUCCAUUUUGCCCGAAUUCCUUAUACCCUGAGCCAAACCCGGGAUGUCUUUGACUGCGCCGCUGAAAAUACUCUGUUCUAUGUGAAAGAGAGUACUCUGUGGUUAACUUCCUUAAAUGCAUGCCUGGAUCCGUUCAUCUAUUUUUUCCUUUGCAAGUCCUUCAGAAAUUCCUUGAUAAGUAUGCUGAAGUGCCCCAAUUCUGCAACAUCUCAGUCCCAGGACAAUAGGAAAAAAGAACAGGAUGGUGGUGACCCAAAUGAAGAGACUCCAAUGUAAACAUAUUCACUGAGGAAAUAUUUCAAUCUCUUUGUGUUCAGAACUCAUUAAAGCAAAGCACUAUGUAAAAAUAUUAACUGACGAAGAAGCAACUGAGUUAAUAACAAUGACUCUUAAAACAAUAGAAGAUUACAAAAGCAAUUUUCAUUUACCUUUCCAGUAUGAAAAGCUAUGUUAAAAUAUAGAAAACUAAUCUAACCUGUAGCUGUAUAGUAUCAAAACAAAUGACAUCCAAUUGUCAUGCUGCAUGCAAAACUACACAGAAUUCAUGUUUUGCAGAGUUUUGCCAAAAUGAGUAAUUAUAUAAUAUCUACUAUAAUUUUUAAAAUACAUUAUUGCUCACAAUUUUAUUUCUUCAUAAUCAACUAAGGAAGAAUGAUCAAUUGGAUAUAAUCUUCUUACCAAAAAUGACACUUAAAAUGUAUAUAUAUCCUAGCCCCUAACCAAAUCCUGACCUAUUAGGAUACUUAUAAAAAAUUAAGUAAGUGGGAUACACAAAGAAUAAUAACUAUUAACUUUUAAUUAUGAGCAAAAACCUAAGGGUUAAAUUUAAACUAAUUCAAACUGUAUUUGAUUGGACUUAAUUUUUUUAUGUUUAUUAAGAAGACAGAGACAGUUAAAUUUAAACUAAUUCAAACUGUAUUUGAUUGGACUUAAUUUUUUUAUGUUUAUUAAGAAGACAGAGACAGUUAAAUUUAAACUAAUUCAAACUGUAUUUGAUUGGACUUAAUUUUUUUGUUUAUUAAGACAGAGACUUAAAGAAGACCUUUACAAUAAAGAGAAGAAAUAUCAAAGUCACUAAAAUAAGGAGAGUUAUUUUAUGAUAUUCUAACACUAAAAAAUAUAGAAAUAUUUCCUUAAUUCUAGAGAAACUAGUUUUACUAAUUUUUUACAACCUCAAUAAUACCAUCAUUGACACUUACCUUUAUUAACUAGCUUCUAGAAAAUACCUGCUAAUUAGGUUAAUGAACAUUUUACAUUAGUGAAAAAAAUUAAUUAAAUAUGAUUACAAAGUUGCACAGCAUAACUACUGGGAGGAAAGUGAUUGAUCCAUUUGUAAUUAUUUGUUUGUAUUGGUGUGUAUAAAAUACAAAAUUUACAUUAAACUCUAAAUCAUU